CCUGCUGCUCAUUCACAGCCUCUGCCUCUGCUGGAGCAACACCACCGCUGAAACAUGAGUGGACGAGUCGGAGACUUGAGCCCAAAGCAGGCUGGAUGCUUAACUGAGUUUCGGGAGAGGAUUCAGGACAUCCUCCCAAGCCUGCCUGCACAACACGACCACUACCUCCUUCGCUGGCUCAGAGCUCGUAGCUUCAACAUUCAGAAAGCUGAGUUCAUGAUCAGAAAGCAUGUGGAAUUCAGGAAACAGAUGAAAGUGGAUACCAUCAUAUCUGACUGGAAACCUCCUGAGGUGAUUGAGAAGUACGUUUCUGGAGGGAUGUGCGGCUACGACCGUGAAGGGAGUCCCAUCUGGUACGACGUGAUUGGCCCUCUGGAUCCUAAAGGGCUGCUGAUGUCAGCAACCAAACAGGAUUACCUGAAGACGAAGAUCAGACACACGGAGAUGCUGCGGUGGGAAUGUCAGAGGCAGUCAGAGAAGCUGGGGAAGAACAUUGAAGCCAUCACCCUGAUCUAUGACUGCGAAGGACUCGGACUCAAGCACAUUUGGAAACCUGCCAUUGAGAUUUAUGGAGAGGUCCUCACCAUGUUUGAAGAAAACUACCCUGAGGGGCUGAAGAGGUUGUUUCUCAUCAAAGCUCCAAAGAUGUUCCCAAUGGCCUAUAACCUCAUCAAACACUUUCUGUGUGAGGAAACACGACGCAAGAUUAUCAUUUUAGGAAGUAACUGGCAGGAAGUGCUGCGUAAACACAUUGACCCGGACCAGCUUCCUGUGGUAUACGGAGGAACCCUGACUGACCCAGAUGGGGACCCCAGCUGCAGAACCAAGAUAAACUACGGCGGCACAGUUCCGAAGUCGUACUACGUGCAGGACUCCCUUAAGGUUCAGUACGACAACAGCGUGACCAUCAGCCGCGGCUCUAGCUUGCAGCUGGAGUAUGACGUCGCUGCAGCCAGCAGCCUCCUCAGGUGGCAGUUUGCCAGUGAUGGGGCAGAUAUCGGCUUCGGGGUCUACAAGCGCACCAAGCAGGGCGGCAGUCAGAAGGUGGCAGAGAUGCUGCAGGUUCUUCCCAGCGACCGUUACAACGCUCACCUGGUUCCUGAAGACAGCUGCCUCACCUGCUCUGAGCCAGGAGUCUAUGUGUUGUGUUUCGACAACAGCUACAGCAUCCUUCAGUCGAAGAAGGUGAGCUACACAGUUGAGGUUGUUCCUAUGGUGGACGAGCAGAUUCAGAGCCCAUGCAGCAGAGGAGACGGGAGGCUGCAGUGAGGACGUCCACGCCUGAAGCACAACAUCACACAUCACUCACAGUGAAAGCCAUGAUGGUGCAUCGUCCAUUUAGCAGAGGAAGCUGCGCUUUAUGAAGAAAAUAAGAACAGAAACCUGUUACAUGACGGUUGCUGCAUCAUGCUUAAAUAAACGGACAGACAGCAGCAUCCAAUGAUCACAGCUCGAACCAUCGGAAGCACAACCUUUCUGCUGCUUCCUUUCUCACAAGAUUUCAUUAAAAUGAUCUCUUUUGAUCAGUCAGCUGACAGGUUUAAAGCACUGCUUCCUCGUUAUUCUAGUUUACUCUGUCUUUUAAGACUAACAUUACCAUGAUGACAGGAUCUCUGGAUCAUCGCUGUGCAUGGAGGGGGAGCUCAGCAUACCCGGCUGCAAUAAAUAAUUAUUUUUAUUCAUUUUUCUGAUUAUCUUCUCAUUAGUUUGGUUUAUGAGGUUUGUACUCAUAGAAACUAUUUCACUGUUUGCUUUGUCCAAACAAAUGUAAAGAAACCAAAGUUAUAAAAGAAAGGAAAGCAAAUUCAUACUUUUAAAACUUUUAUUUUUUACCUAAAAAUCACAUAAAGGAUUAUAAAAUCCUUUUUUU